UGUAUUUCGAUAUAAGGGAAUUCCCUCACAGCAAGGCAGUGCGACGUGCAGACAGCCAUUUUCUUGUGUUUUGACGUUUUGACAGGACUUCAGCCAACAUCAUAAACAAAAUAUCAAGUGUACAGGAGAAUGAGGUGGAAAACCUUCUAUCUAGGACUGCUUUGUGUGUUUGUGCUGUCUGGUCUGUGUUAUGCAGCUGAUGAAGAAGGUGAAGUGAAAGUAGAGGAUGACAUUGGCAAGAGUCGUGAUGCUUCCAGAACUGAUGACGAAACCGUCCAGAGAGAGGAGGAAGCCAUUAAGUUGGAUGGACUGAAUGUUGCUCAAAUGAAGGAACUCCGGGAUAAGGCGGAGAAACAUGCAUUCCAGGCGGAGGUCAACCGCAUGAUGAAGCUCAUUAUCAACUCCCUGUACAAGAACAAAGAGAUUUUCCUGAGAGAGUUGAUUUCCAAUGCCUCUGAUGCCCUGGAUAAGAUUCGCUUCUUGUCACUGACAGACAAAUCAGCACUAGCCGCAACGGAGGAACUGAGUAUCAAAAUCAAGGCUGACAAAGAGAAUCAUGUCCUACACGUCACAGACACAGGAAUCGGUAUGACCCACAAUGAUCUGGUUAACAACCUGGGUACCAUUGCCAGAUCCGGUACCAGCGAGUUCCUGACCAAACUCGGAGAGGCGGAGUCACAGACGGAGAUGUCCGAUCUUAUUGGACAAUUUGGUGUCGGGUUCUACUCUUCUUUCCUUGUUGCUGAUCGCGUCAUUGUAACAUCUAAAAACAACGACGAUGAGCAGUAUGUCUGGGAGUCGGACUCUGAAAGCUUCGCUGUUGCUAAGGAUCCCCGCGGUAACACUUUGGGCAGAGGAACAACAAUCAGUCUUCAUCUGAAGGAAGAAGCACAUGACUUCUUGGAAGAGAACACACUGAAGGAGCUUGUCAAGAAAUAUUCCCAGUUUAUUAACUUCCCCAUCUACAUCUGGGCCAGCAAGACUGAGGAAGUUGAGGAGCCUAUUGAGGAGGAGGAGGAAACCAAGGAGGAGGCAGCUAAGGAUGAGGACAAGGAGGAGGAUGAGGAAGGAAAGGUAGAGGAGGAGAAGGAGGAGGACAAACCCAAGACAAAGAAAGUGACCAAGACUGUGUGGGACUGGGAGCUGAUGAACAGCGUCAAACCAAUCUGGACCAGAAAAUCUGAUGAUGUGACAGAUGAGGAGUACAAUGAGUUCUUUAAGUCCAUCAGUAAGGAGAGUGAGCCUCCCCUGGCCAGGACCCACUUCACAGCCGAAGGAGAGGUCACCUUCAAGUCCAUCCUGUACGUCCCUAAGUCCUCACCCCACGACAUGUUCUCCAACUAUGGCAAGAAAAUGGAAUCCAUCAAGAUGUAUGUCAGAAGAGUUUUCAUCACUGAUGACUUUGAGGAUAUGAUGCCUAAAUACCUCAGUUUUAUUAGGGGAGUUGUUGACUCUGAUGAUCUUCCACUGAACGUUUCCCGUGAGACCCUCCAACAACACAAACUCCUGAAAGUCAUCAAGAAGAAGCUGGUGAGGAAGACCCUGGACAUGAUCAAGAAGAUCGGCAAGGACGACUACGAGAAGUUCUGGAAGGAGUACAGCACAAACAUUAAGUUGGGAGUUAUUGAGGAUCAGUCCAACAGGACCAGACUGGCUAAACUGCUCAGAUUCUACUCCUCCAACUCAGAAACAGAACAGACCAGCCUGCCAGAAUACAUUGAGAGGAUGAAGGAGAAGCAGGAGGCCAUUUACUUCAUCGCUGGAACCAGCAGGAGUGAGGUUGAGAAAUCUCCAUUUGUGGAACGUUUGCUUAAGAAAGGCUAUGAGGUGCUUUACCUUGUUGAACCUGUUGACGAAUACUGCAUCCAAUCCCUCCCCGAGUUUGACAGCAAGAAAUUCCAGAAUGUUGCCAAAGAAGGCUUGAAGAUUGACGAUGACUCGGAAAAGACCAAGGAGCGCAAGGAAGCCAUGGAGAAGGAAUACGAACCACUGACCAAAUGGCUGCAGGAAUUGGACGCUCUUAAAGAGAAAAUCAGCAAGGCCACUGUAUCUGACCGCUUGACCACCUCUCCCUGCGCCCUGGUAGCCAGUACUUAUGGAUGGUCUGGAAACAUGGAAAGAAUCAUGAGAUCUCAGGCUUAUGCCAAACAACAGGACCCCUCACAACAAUUUUACUCAACUCAGAAGAAAACAUUAGAAAUAAAUCCCAGACAUCCUCUAAUCAAGGAAUUAAAAUCAAGGGUUGAGGCGAAUGCUGAAGACCAAAUUGCCAAAGACCUGGCUGUAGUUAUGUUUGAAACGGCCACUAUUAGAUCUGGAUAUGUCCUACAGGACACAGCUGGGUUUGCUGAAAGAGUUGAACACAUGUUGAGGGAGGCCAUGAACAUUCCACAAGAUGCCAAGAUUGAAGAAGAGCCAGAAGAAGAGGAGUCAGCUGAGGAAGAGAAGGCAGAAGAAGUUAGUGAUGAUGAUGAAGGUGCCAGUGAUGACGAUGAUGAUAAGUUUUCGUGUGGAUCAAAUUGCCAACCUCGUAGAAAGCUGCUCUGGUUUGGCGAGGACAAGAAUAAGGACAGUGAUGGUGAUGGUAUUCCCGAUCACCUAGACGAUGACGAUGACAACGAUGGAGUCCCUGAUAACAAAGACAAUGACGACGAUGGUGAUGGCAUAAGUGAUGAUAAAGAAUACUGCGAUAAGGACGGUUGUAAGAACUUGAAAGAUUCCGACGGAGAUGGAAUUCCAGAUCAUCUUGACAAUGACGAUGAUGGUGAUGGCAUUCCAGAUGACAAAGAAAAAGAUACCGAUGGGGAUGGAAUUCCUGAUUACUUAGAUGACGAUGAUGAUAAUGACGGAAUUCCUGAUGAUCAGGAUGAUGACGAUGAUGGUGAUGGUAUUCCGGACAAGAAAGAGGAUUCAGAUGGAGAUGGCAUUCCAGAUCAUUUGGAUAAAGAUGACGAUGGUGAUGGCAUUCCAGAUGACAAAGAGAAAGACACUGAUGGAGAUGGAAUUCCUGAUUAUUUGGAUGAUGACGAUGAUAAUGAUGGAAUUCCAGAUUCCGAAGAUGACGAUGAUGACGGAAAUGGAAUUCCCGACCACUUAGAAAUUGACAGCGAUUGGGAUGGAAUUCCUGAAUACUUGGAUGAUGAUGACGAUAAUGACGGAAUUCCUGAUCAUUUAGACAAGGAUGACGAUGGAGAUGGUGUCGCAGAUGAUAAAGAGAAAGAUACCGAUGGGGAUGGAAUUCCAGAUUAUCUUGAUGACGAUGACGACAACGACGGAAUUCCAGAUGUUGACGAUGAUGAUAGUGAUGGUGAUGGCAUACCUGAUAAGCUUGAGGUUGACACAGAUGGUGAUGGAAUUCCAGAUUAUCUUGAUGAUGAUGACGACGGAGAUGGGAUUCCUGAUGCUCAAGACAAUGACGAUGAUGGUGAUGGAAUUUCGGAUGACAAAGAGAAAGACACAGAUGGCGAUGGAAUACCAGAUUAUUUGGACGAUGAUGAUGAUGGAGAUGGAAUUCCAGAUAGUGAAGAUAAUGAUGAUGACGGUGAUGGAAUUCCCGACAACAAAGAGAAAGACAGAGACGGUGACGGAAUUCCUGACCAUUUAGAUGAUGACGAUGAUGGCGAUGGAAUUCCAGAUGAUAAAGAGAAAGACACUGAUGGGGACGGUAUUCCAGAUUAUCUUGACGAUGAUGAUGAUGGUGACGGAAUACCUGAUCAUCUUGAUAAGGAUGACGAUGGUGAUGGAAUCCCAGAUGAUAAAGAGGAUUCAGAUAAUGAUGGUAUUCCAGAUAAUCUUGAUAAUGACGACGAUGGAGAUGGGGUUCCAGACGAUAGAGAAAAAGAUACCGACGGAGAUGGAAUUCCAGAUUAUCUAGAUGACGACGACGACGGUGAUGGAAUUCCAGAUGAUAAAGAUAACGAUGACGAUGGUGAUGGAGUUGCCGACAAUAAGGAAGACUCAGAUGGUGAUGGUAUUCCAGAUCACCUCGAUAAUGAUGAUGAUGGUGACGGAAUUCCUGAUGACAAGGAAAAGGAUACUGAUGGGGAUGGGAUUCCAGAUUAUCUAGAUGAUGAUGAUGACGGUGAUGGAAUUCCUGACGAUAAGGAUAAGGAUGAUGAUGGUGAUGGAAUUUUAGAUGAUCAGGAAGAUUCGGAUGGUGAUGGAACCCCCGACCACUUGGACAAUGAUGAUGAUGGAGAUGGAAUUCCAAAUGAUAAAGAAAAAGACACAGACGGUGAUGGAAUACCAGAUUAUCUAGAUGAUGAUGACGAUAAUGACGGAAUUCCAGAUUCUGAAGAUGAAGAUGCAGAUGGUAAUGGUAUACCAGACUACAAAGAAAAAGAUACGGAUGGAGACGGCAUCCCUGAUUAUUUAGAUGAUGAUGACGACAAUGAUGGCAUUCCGGAUCAUCUUGAUAAUGAUGAUGACGGCGAUGGAGUCUCUGAUGACAAAGAAAAAGAUACAGAUGGUGAUGGAAUCCCAGAUUAUCUUGAUGACGAUGAUGACAAUGAUGGUAUUCCAGAUGAUAAAGAUAAUGAUGAUGAUGGUGACGGAAUUCCAGAUAAUCAAGAAGAUUCAGAUGGUGAUGGAAUACCCGACAGUCUUGAUAAAGAUGAUGAUGGAGAUGGCAUUCCUGACGAAAAAGAAAUUGACACUGAUGUUGAUGGAAUCCCUGAUUAUUUAGAUGACGAUGACGAUAAUGACGGGAUUCCUGACGAAUUAGACGAUGAUGAUGACGGUGAUGGUAUCCCUGAUGAUCAGGAAAAAGACACUGACGGAGAUGGUAUUCCAGAUUAUUUAGAUGAUGAUGACGAUGAUGAUGGAAUACCAGAUGCUCAAGAUAAAGAUGAUGAUGGCGAUGGUAUUCCAGAUGACAAAGAGAAAGACACUGACGGUGACGGCAUUCCUGAUUAUCUCGACGACGAUGACGAUGGUGAUGGUAUUCCAGAUGACCAGGAUAAAGAUGAUGACAGGGAUGGUAUUCCAGAUGAUAAAGAAAAAGACACGGAUGGAGAUGGUAUUCCUGAUUACUUAGAUAAAGAUGAUGAUGGCGAUGGUAUUCCUGAUGAUAAAGAAAAGGACACGGAUGGCGACGGUGUUCCAGAUUAUUUAGACAAAGAUGAUGAUGGGGAUGGAAUUCCGGAUAAUCAAGAAAAUGACGAUGAUGGAGAUGGUAUCCCCGAUGACAAGGAAAAGGACUCUGAUGGAGAUGGAAUUCCAGAUUAUUUAGAUGACGAUGAUGAUAAUGACGGAAUUCCAGAUCACCUAGAUAAGGAUGAUGACAAUGACGGGAUCCCGGAUGACAAAGAGUUGGACACAGACGGUGAUGGAAUCCCAGAUUAUCUGGACGAUGAUGAUGAUAAUGAUGGAAUUCCUGACAGUCAGGAUACUGAUGCCAAUGGAAAUGGUAUUCCAGAUUUUAUGGAAAAAGACACAGAUGGUGAUGGCAUUCCAGAUUAUCUAGACGAUGACGAUGACAACGAUGGUAUUCCAGACGAUGAGGAUGACGACGAUGAUGGUGAUGGUAUUCCUGAUGAUCAAGAGGAUGCCGACAAUGAUGGAAUUCCAGACCACUUGGACACAGAUAGUGAUGGUGAUGGGGUUAUAGACAAACUUCCAGAUCUAGAUGGUGACGGAAUUCCUGAUAAAUUUGAUAAAGAUGAUGAUGGCGAUGGAAUUCCAGACGUUCGAGAAGGCAAGAAAAUUAUUCCUUCGAAAAUUUCUAAAUCUAAUAAUCCAAAAUCUAAAACUAAAAAUGACGAUGAAGACGACGAUGAUGAUGAUGACGAAAACGAUAGUCAAAAAUCUUUAUUUUCUAGAAUUGUGACCUCUGUUAAAGAAAUGGUUUUUCCAAGUGGUGAUUCAUCGGAGGAUAAGUCUAAAAAUCUCAAGAAAAAUCCCAAUCCAGCAAGAAUCAAAAAUAAGGGAAAACAGUUAAAAGGACAUGAAGAAGAAAUUGAUCUCGUAGACUUGGUAACAAGUGCUUUUUCUAGUGAAGACGACAAGACCAACAAAAAAGGGAAGAAUAAACAGAGGAAACCUACAUGAAUAGUUUCAACAAGUUUGUUUACUUACAAUUCUCAUGAAAAUUAGAGAAAAGGGGUAUGUUCUUAUGAUAAUAAUAAGUUUCAACAUUGUUUUGUCUUUUACUAUUCUUAAUUAGCAUCAUAAUUUUAUCUAUAUUCAAAAACAAAGAAAAGUGAUAUCGAAAAAUAAUUACGAAAAGAGUUUAUGGAUUUUUUUUUCUAGUGUUGGUUUGUUUUCCAUUAUAAACUAUAUACCUAAUUUUCUUUUUUAAGUGUUUUGCAUUUUUUUAAAGACGUUUAAACAAAAACUUUUAAAAAAAAUAUAUAACAUUUGCACCUUCAUUAAACAUUCCCCUUAGGUUUCAACGAAUCUUUCAAACACUUUGUUUUAUUUCUAUUGCUGGGCUGAAUAUUUUACUUAUGAUUAUAUUAAAUGGUUUCACUCCUUAAUUGUUUUGUUGUCAACAUUUUUUUACUUUAAAGAAUCUUAUGGGCAUUAGUUUUAAAAUACUUAUAAAUUGUAUAAUAUAAAUAUAUUUCUAAAAAUGAUAUCUUUUGUAAGCAAUUUUUUUUUUCAAUCAAUAAUAUUAAGGAUGUGUAUGUGCAGGCAGGAUGAUUGAAAUUUAUAUGAUGGUAAGUUUAUUUUACAUGUUGUCCGUUUUUGUAAAGUGAGAGAAUUUAUUUCUUAUUAUUUUAAAUAUUUGUAUAUGUAUUAAUAAGAUUAUUUAUUUUUUAAAUCGUAUUAUACAAUCUGAAAAGUUAAAUUAAGUUGAAAUGAAAUUAGUUUUACACCACGUAUUUUCGCUAUUUGUAUACUUUAUUUUAAUUGUAUGGCAUUAAUGUGAAAAUAAUAGUAAUUCCAGUGUUUAUUUUCUCCAAAACACCUGAUGUAACAGCUGGCUCUGUUGACCACAAUAAAAACUUAUUUUCUCCUAUAUAAUAUAACGAAAGGUUUUUUUCAUUAAAAAUUUUUUGUACACAAAAACAAUACUAAUUGUUCUGACUACUGGUGUUAUUACAUACUGUAUAAGUGAAAAAAAAAAAACUCAUUGUACAUGUAUUGUAUUUGAAAGAUUUAUUUAUGUGUGUGUUAUAUAGUACACAAUUAAUACUGACUUUGCAAUAGAAUUGAAUUUUUAAGUGUUUGUUCGAAAAUUGUAAGUAUUUGGUGCCAUAACUAUUUUUCUUCCUAUUGUUAAUUGCAGGAAUAUCGCCCGGCUUUACUAUUCAGUUAAAAAGUAUGAACUACACUUUACAUGGCUAAAAAUAUUCCAAGAAACUCAAAUUUUGAAAUUUAGGUUUGAAUCAAUUCAUGAUCACUCUUGUAUUUUUUAUUCUUUUAAACAAAAAAUAUUUUAACUAAUUUAACAAAACAGGUCCACUUCAUUAUUAUUCAUUUUUUUUUAAUUUACGUGACUCAAUGUCUUUGUUGUCAGAAAAACAGAAAGUCAAUUGAAUUUUAUAUAAUUUGAUAUAUAUUUUUUAUGAAAAUGGAAAUCUUUCAACCUAAUUUUGAAAAGGACUUUAAAAAAUUUAAUGCCAAGCGACUUUCAAAUUCCACAAAACUUCAUCAAAACAUGUGUUGUGUGAAUGUGUGUACACUUAGAAUAUUUUGUUUGUAAGAUUCUGACCUCAUUAAUAAAAUACUCUGAAUCAUA